AGCGGGGCUGCGGGUGAAAACACGGCAGGCAUGAGUGUGGCGGGUGGUGCUCGGUCCGGUUCGGCCGCGGGCCCGGUACAGCAGGGACUAAAAGAGGCCCUGAUCGAGACGCUGACGGCCAUCCUGUCCCCGGCUCAAGAAGUGCGCGCCGCCGCGGAGGAGCAGAUCAAAGUGCUGGAAGUGACAGAGGAAUUUGGCGUCCAUCUUGCCGAACUCACAGUUGAUCCUCAGGGAGCUCUCGCCAUCCGUCAGUUGGCAUCCGUCAUCCUCAAACAGUAUGUGGAGACUCACUGGUGUUCCCAGUCAGAGAAAUUCAGGCCUCCUGAAACCACGGAUCAGGCUAAAGCUGCCAUCAGGGAGCUGCUGCCAAACGGUCUGCGGGAGUCGAUAAGCAAAGUCCGCUCCAGUGUCGCAUACGCUGUGUCGGCCGUCGCCCACUGGGACUGGCCUGAGGCCUGGCCGCAGCUCUUCACACUGCUGAUGGAGAUGCUGGUCAGUGGAGAUGUCAAUGCUGUGCACGGCGCCAUGAGGGUCCUCACAGAGUUCACUCGGGAGGUGACUGACACGCAGAUGCCGCUGGUGGCUCCAGUCAUCUUACCAGAAAUGUACAAAAUCUUCACCAUGGCUGAGGUUUACAGUAUUCGAACCCGCUCCAGAGCAGUGGAGAUAUUCACCACCUGUGCCAACCUCAUCUGCGCUAUUGAAGAGCUUGAGAAGGGAGCAGCCAAGGCGUUGAUCUUUCCAGUGGUGCAGCAGUUCACUGAGGCGUUUGUUCAGGCUCUGCAGAUGCCUGAUGGACCCUCAUCUGAUAGUGGUCUUAAGAUGGAAGUCCUCAAGGCAGUAACUGCACUGGUGAAGAACUUCCCAAAGCCCAUGGUGUCGUCCAUGCAGCAGAUCUUACCUAUUGUAUGGAACACACUGACUGAAAGUGCAGCUUUUUAUGUUAGAACAGAAGUAAACUACACAGAGGAAGUGGAUGACCCUGUAGAUUCAGAUGGUGAAGUUUUGGGUUUUGAGAAUCUGGUGUUCAGCAUUUUUGAGUUUGUCCACACGCUGCUGGAGAAUAACAAGUUCAAGAGCACAGUGAAGAAAGCCCUGCCUGAACUCAUCUACUACAUCAUCCUGUACAUGCAGAUCACUGAGGAUCAGAUCAAAGCGUGGACGGCUAACCCACAGCAGUUUGUGGAGGAUGAGGAUGAUGACACUUUCUCUUACUCCGUCAGGAUCUCUGCUCAGGACCUGCUGCUGACUGUAGCUGCAGAGUUUCAGAAUGAGAGUGCAGCAGCACUGGCAGCAGCAGCAACCAGACACCUCCAGGAGGCAGAGCAGGCAAGGAACAGUGGCAAUGAGCACUGGUGGAAAAUCCAUGAAGCCUGUAUGCUGGCCCUCGGUUCAGUCAAAACCAUCAUAACGGAGAACGUGAAGAACGGCCGUAUCCAGUUUGACAUGCAUGGUUUCCUGGCCAGCGUUAUUCUCGCUGACCUUAACCUGGCAGCGGCCUCCCCGUUCCUCCUUGGUCGGGCACUGUGGGCGGCGAGUCGCUUCACAGCAGCCAUGUCUCCUGAGCUCAUCCAGCAGUUCCUCCAGGCCACCGUCAGCGGGCUCCACGACAGCCAGCCGCCCUCCGUCCGCAUCUCUGCAGUCAGAGCCAUCUGGGGGUACUGCGAUCAGCUGAAGCUGUCCGAGAGCACCCAUGUCCUGCAGCCUUUCCUGCCCAGCAUUCUGGAGGGACUGGUUCAACUGGCCGCCCAGUUCAGCUCAGAGGUGCUCACUCUGGUCAUGGAGACACUAUGCAUCGUCUGCACAGUCGACUCGGCCUUUACCACCAGCGCAGAGAACAAGAUCUGCCCCCUCACUAUCGCUAUUUUCCUUAAAUACAACAAUGACCCCGUGGUGGCAUCUCUUGCUCAGGACAUCUUUAAAGAGCUGGCACAGAUCGAAGGCUGCCAGGGUCCCAUGCAGAUGCGGCUCAUCCCAACGCUGGUCAGCAUCAUGCAGGCUCCCCCUGACAAGAUCCCGUCCGGUCUCUGUGCAACAUCCAUGGAUAUUCUGACCACAGUUGUGCGUAACACCAAACCCCCUCUGUCAGAGAUGCUUGUGUGCCAGGCUUUCCCUGUGGUGGCACAGUGCACCUUACGGACCGACGACAAUACAAUAAUGCAGAACGGCGGUGAGUGUCUGCGGGCCUAUGUUUCUGUUGCCCUCGAGCAAAUUGCCCAGUGGCGGGACGAGCAGGGGAACAGUGGCCUCUGGUACGUGAUGCAAGUGGUGAACCAGCUGCUGGACCCUCGGACCUCGGAGUUCACAGCCGCGUUCGUGGGUAGACUGGUGUCCACUCUCAUCUCUCGGGCGGGAACAGAGCUUGGGGAACAGCUGGACCAGAUCCUUCGAGCCAUCCUGAGCAAGAUGCAACAGGCUGAGACCCUGAGUGUCAUGCAGUCCCUCAUCAUGGUGUUUGCUCACCUGGUUCACUCCCAGCUGGAGCCUCUGUUGGAGUUCUUGUGCAGUCUGCCCGGGCCGACGGGGAAGCCAGCCCUGGAGUUCGUUAUGACUGAGUGGAUGAGCAGGCAGCACCUCUUCUAUGGACAGUAUGAGGGUAAAGUCAGCACGGUGGCGCUCUGUAAACUGCUGCAGCACGGCCUCAACACUGACGACAAACGCCUCCAGGACAUCAUGGUGAAGGGAGAAGAAAUCUACAACCCUGAAGAUGGAAUUCGCACACGAUCCAAAUCUGCCAAGAACCCUGAGCGUUGGACAAACAUUCCUUUGCUGGUGAAGAUCUUUAAAUUGAUCAUUAAUGAGUUGUCAACUGUGGUGGAGGCAAACGCCAGCAGGGCGAACGCUGCAGACUGGAGCCAAGAUUCCAGCGGUAUGUGGGAAGAGCAGGAAGAGGAAGAGGGGGAGGAUGAUGAUGAGGGGGAUGAAGGGCUGGCAGGACAGCUGCUCUCCGAUCUCAUUGCCUCCAACAAAUACGAUGACGAUUAUUACGAGGAUGAUGAGGAAGACGAUCCAGAUGCCUUGAAAGACCCUAUAUAUCAAAUUGAUCUACAGGCGUACCUGACUGACUUCUUGACGCAGUUCGCCCAGCAGCCGUGUUACAGCAUGUUCUCAGGCCACCUCAACAACGCAGAGAGACAGACCCUGCAGUCUAUAGGCCUCUAGUCCCCCUUCCUGCUGCUUUACUACGUCCUCUCGUCUGCAGCAGCCUGAGACUCUUCUAUUGCUCCAUUGCUUUUUCUCAUUAUGAAUUUUCAAACAAGCGAAUAAGAAGGGGAUGUUUUGCUCAACAGAGUAAACAACCAGGGUGGGAAAAGAAGCAGGCACUUACCUAUACCUCCCAUGUCUGUACGUGUCAGGAGGUGAAGGACGUUACAGUGAGGACGAAGAGGAGAGAGACUGCAUUUAGUUUUGCUUUUUUUUUUUUGGAAGAAUGACAUCACAAUUUAUGGAUUAAUUUUAGACUGGACAAGAGGACUGAGCGAAAAAGGUUGUGGUUUCACAGAGCAGGAACGAACAAUUGCCACGUCCUACUUAUAGCUUAGCUUGUUCUUUUUGUUUUUCUGCAUAAACAAUGGGAAAACAAACUUCCAAGACUUGACACUGAUUGAAGGAAAGUCAAAAGAAACAUCCUGACAUGUUGGCGGCCUUAUAAACACUGACUGUUUCUGACAUGAAAUGAGAAGCUCUUAGACCGGCUGCCACAGCUCGGUUACGGUGGGUAUGUGGGUCUGCACACAGUUGCCACGGUGAUUCACAUCCUUGUCAUUUCCUUGUACCAAGUGAGAUUUGGGAAAGAUUUCUAAAUAAAGGCCUGAACGGGCAGAAUUUCAA